AUACCUAUUAAAUUUCACUGUCAAGUUCAACCCAUUUUCUGAAGAUGGUUAGCCUAUAGGGCUGUAGGGGAGCGUGUAAAGAGAACAAAAGAGAAGAACUGAACUACUACGAUACUUAACUUUAGUUGGCAGUGGUGGGCUGACGACCACUUAGCACGUGCGCUCCCACGCAGUUGCACUCUGAAAUUCAUUCUGUCAGCGCGCACCAUCCAACGUCGCCUUCCCGCUUGUCGCUUUCUUGGCACUGAGACCUGAAAUUGAAUGGCUACAGAGAUGUAGCGAUCUCGUACAUUUGUAGCAGCUCUUGCGUUGCGUGCGGUAAAAUGCGUAAAUGACUUAACUGUAAAAUACAGAUGUUCCGUUUUUUUGGACUGUGAUGAUUCUUACUUUCCACUUUCUGAUUAGUGUUACAAGUCAUUCGGUGUUCUCCUGAAACGGGUGUUGGCAAUUGCUCGAUCAUUUCUCGGCAACUUCUCCGCACAACUGGGACUGGAACAGCUGCAUCAGAACUUGGAGUGGCGCGUUCGAAGCUGCAUGCGCUGUUGAAUGAAAGAAAACUAAACUACCAAGAGCAAUUCCUCAACUCUGCACAUUUGUUUGAUUUCAAAAGUGUUUGUUACUUAUUUAUUAUAUUAUUAUAUAUAUAUUUUUUAAAGAAUAGGAAUAUUAUUUUUAGACGAACGCGUUUAACGCUCUUGGAGCCUUGAUCUGGAGCUUGGAAUGGACUCCACAAAGAUGACUUUGGACCGGAGCCCUCUGCCUCCCAAGACAAACUCACUCCAUUCCGUGGGUUUACCUGCCUGCUCACCCAAACGGCGCUUCAUAAAGCUGGGGAGAAAACCAAGUGAUGGCUCUUCACAGUCAGGCUCCUCUGGUUCCAGUACCAGGUCAGCUGACAGUGUGGGCGUGGACGUCAUCCGACAGCCAUCCAGGAGUCGCAUCCGCCGUCAUACCAACCGCUUGUCUGCUGUGUUCCAGCGUGGCUCCGCCCAUAACGCCACCGCUAUGGCCUUACCCGGGUUACCUGGCUUACCUAGCCACGCUUGGAAGGAGUCGAAUGACAGAAUUUCUCCCGGGGAUGCAUCAAUGACAGACGACCCUGCUGAACUGUCCAAUCAGAUAACGGCACCAGGCAUUCUGAAGAUCUUUGGCAGUGAGAUCUGCCAGGGGGCAAACUACAAGAGCGUCCUGGCAACAACACACUCCAGUGCUAAGGAGCUGGUCAAAGAGGCACUGGAGAGGUACGGUCUGAACAAGGAAGAGGCGGAGUCGUAUGUUCUCUGCGACUCCAUUGGCUACGUGGGUGACCACCAGUGGAAGACGGAAUGCUUCCGGGUCGUCGGUGACAAUGAGAAGCCCCUCCUCCUGCAGUCACUAUGGAAACCCAGGGAGGGUUUGGCGAGGCGGUUUGAGAUCCAGAGGAGAGCCAGUGUGGAGGAAAAGAGAUCAAGAGACAAGGACACGGUCACUGCUGGCAUCAACGCCCAGGCUCGUAAACUCCAGAAGAGCCGCUCUCGAGUCACCUCUGCCCUGAUCGAGAGGAGGAGUGUGUAUGUGACCUCUACCCUAGAGAGGGGUGUGUGUGGGGCUUGGAACCAAAAGGACAGGGGUGGGAGGGUAUGUGGGGGCCAGAAUAAGUCUGAACGGGGGCCGGGUCUGUGGAGGAGCCAGAGUGAAGCAGACCUCUCACCCCAGUCCACAGAAACACAACAGAGACACCAACAGAACCCCACUGAGCCCCUUAGUCAGAACCCCAAUGAGUUCCACACUCCCAGUCAAGACGAGAACCACAAUCAGUGUCACAGUCAGGACCAUGAACAGAAUGUGGAACAGAAUCACAAAUUGAACCCCGAUAAGAACCUCAAACAGAGAGAUGAAGAGAGCUAUGUUGACGCCAAUGUUCCCCCUCUGGAGGACCCUGGAUCAGAGACUUACACAGAGCUCCUCUGUCCUUCCCCUGAGAUGGAGAGAGAGAGGGAGGAGACAGAGAGCAGUGACGAUAACGUAACACUUUACUCCAUUCACCCUCCCCAAGACUGCCCCUACCUACUGCUGCUACAGGGCUACAGCAACAGACAGGACUUCGUCAUCUACCUGCUGAACGGUUCAAGCACUUUGAUUGGUCGAUGUGGUGGCGAAGACAAGGAGAGAUCAAAGGUUGACUUCCCGCUCUCUGCCCCCGACAUCCUGCCUCUUCACUGCUGCCUAUGUCGCCAUGACCACAACGAUAAAGGUUCCACCGUCCGCCUCCGUCCCUUCCACAGUGCUAUGGUAACACGGAACGGGGAGACGUUGUCCAAAGAGGCAGAGCUUAGUCCAGGUGAUGUCAUCGGGAUGGGACGUCACUACCUAUUCUUGUUCAAGGACCCCACUGUCUGGGUUGUUAUGCAGAAGGUGAAGGACCCCACUUCUUCUCCUGAUCCUACAGUUACUGCUGCUCCCGGGGUUCUGCCCCGGGCCACUACACUCGCUACUAGUGAACCAGCACUCUGCAACACCUGUAUCUCAGCUAGUGGGACCAGAGAAAUAAGGUCUAGAAGGGCCACAGCUUGCCUAAACAACCCUGAGGGUCGCGGCCUGAACCUACUCUACGUUGUGGAGCACGAGGAUGCCGUUGUCAAGGAAAUCGUUGCCAUGGGGAGUGUCCAUAGAGACAAGCCGCCGUUGACUGUAGCAUUCCUGCUGAGUGUGUGUGUCGAACAUUCCGCCACACACCUCCAAACCUCAGACCUCCGCAGACUACUGCUGCUCAUAGCCAGCCAGGUCCAGAAUGCCAUGUGGGAACACACCAAGGAGCUUGCUGCUAAUCAACCAGAAGUUCUCUGUAGUGACCCAGAGGAGCAGCAGCCUCUCAACCUGGCAGAACUGGUUUCAGGCCUGCGUACCCUGGUAGUCUGGAUGUCCAAUGCCCUGGAGCUGCUGUAUUACAUCCAACAACAGAUGCCCCAAACACUGGCCUGGAGGUCACACAGAGAACAAGGGGUGGAGGCAGAGGGAGAGGAACACAAUGACAAGGAGGAGGAGAGCAUGGCCCUGUUGGAGAUGAGGCUGUCGUGUGUGAGGUUGGCCAGUGAAGAAGCCAUGAUGGUUCUGGAGGAAGUUAUCAUGUUGACCUUUCAGCAGUGUGUCUACUACCUCACCAAGACUCUGUACCCAAUUCUGCCUAGUUUGCUGGACAGUGACCCAUUCAGGGGGAGCAGUGGGCUGCUUCUCCGCGAGCAAAAUGAGCCGUUCCUGGAUAGCGGUGGUGUGCAGGUCCCUGGAGAGACAGACCAGGUCCUGGAGGUCCUGACAGAGACCAGCAGACUGCUACAGGACUGUCAGCUCCACCAUGAUAUCUCCUCUCAGCUCCUGGCCUAUCUCUUCUACUUCAUCAAUGCUUCACUGUUCAACACACUCAUGGAGAGAGGUUCAGAGGAUGAAUUCUACCAGUGGUCCAGAGGGGUCCAUAUCAGCGCUAACCUAGACCUGCUACUGGACUGGGCCCAAGGGUCUGGACUGGGUGACUUGGUUGUGGAACAUCUCCACACACUCUCCUCUGCUGUCAACCUACUGGCCACUCCAAGGGAACAACUAAUGCAGUCCUCCUGGGAAUCCCUGCGGUGUGCGUUCCCCAGUCUGAGUCCAGCCCAGCUCCACCACCUGCUGAGAGGCUACAGCCCAGCCACACCCUGGCCCCCACACUGGGCCCCUUCUGAUGAGGAUCAACUAGCUACACAGAACACUGCUGAUAUCCUGGAGAGUUUUGACAGCCACCCUCCCCUGGUGCUGCCCAGCUCUGGUUUCAGCCUGAGGCUAGGGGGAGAGGUGACAGACUCAGGCCUGGCUGGACAGCUCAGGAGGUUGCAGAAGUUUAUCAGCAACCUGUCUGUCAAAGAGUCACCAGAGAACUUCAGUCAUAUGCACACGCAACAGGAUUAUGCUGUUCCCACGGAAGCCAAGCUGACAAAAAUGGCAACUCUCCCAAAGGCCUCCCUGGAGUCUCUUGAAUCCCCCCCCGUAGAGAAGGUCCUACCUCUGGACUCUCCCCCAUCACCCCCCUCUCAAUUAUCUACGCCCUCUCCCCUUCACCCUCCCCCCUUUCCCCCCCAGCAAAGCCCUUCUCCCCCAAGUGAUUUGAACUCUUGUGGGGCCCUACUGACCCAAAAGCUGAAGAGCCUGGAGCUCCAGUUCAGAGAGACAGACCUAAGCCCCCUCACCCAGAGGAGGUCUGCCCUGGACCCCUCCUGUCUCCUCACCCCUCCUAACACCCCCCACAGCCUGGAGCUGGUUGAACCAGAGACUGAGCAUCAGGAGGAUGAAGUGUGUUUACUCUAGAGCUACAGAGAAGAGAUAGAGGACUAGGAUUGGCUCUGGUGGAUGCAAGGGUGAGUGACAGAGAAAAGGAUAUGCACUUAAAUAUGCACGUACUAUUUGGAUCAACCCCCCCAAAAAAUAGUCCAACUGAUUACAAGUAAAUUAGUUAGGUUCUCAUUUGAAAAAACUACAUUUGUUGAAAGCAAAUAUAUAAUUCAAUGCCAACAGUUAUAUUUGAUUAUUACCAAACUUAUAUUUCAAGUUGCGACCUAUUUCUUUCAACACUGAACCUACUUUUCCCCUUUCGUUAAACGUAAUAAAUAACAAAUAGAACCUAAUGUCAACCUACUGGCCAUGCCAAGGGAACAACUAAUGGGUUAAGUGCCUUGCACAAGGGAACAUAAAGAGAUUUUUCUGACCUAGUUGGCUCUGGGAUUCAAAUCAGCACUCAGUUUCUGUCCCAACAAUCUUAACCACUAGGCUACAUUUACUUUAUAAUGUGCUCUUAUGGCAGUAUCUUUACAGAAGAUGGCAGUAUUCAGGUUUAAAUUGGAAAAACAAAUACAAUAGACCAGAUUAACUGGAAUGACAAAAAAAAAAAAAAAAAAAUGAAAGCCACGCCCCCAAUAAACCACGCCUCCAUCUCUUCUGAUUGGCUGCUGCCGCUACAUUGCCCCCAUCGCUUUUCAAUGCACAUGAGGUGUUGAAAGCAAUUAAUGAAGCUUUCAUUCAAUUCCAAAAAUCACAUUGAUCUGACAAAUUCUUUAUUCGAUUUCAGACAAACUGAAUAGAAUAGGUUGAACAAACCAAAGUGUAAUUCUAGAUCAUUCCAAAAGUGUACUCUUCUCUAUUCUGACCCAUCUGAAACAUCCUGCAGCUUUCCAGGACCAGUGGUGUUUGUGCUGUCUGAGUGACUGGCCUUAACCUUGGUAAGGUUCAUCUUUAGGUAAUAACUCAUUCUGAAAACAUUCAAUGUAGACCUCCCUGGUAGCCCUGAUGGCUAUCUGAGAUAACUCACUCAGAGAAAAAACAACACGGUCCAAGGUCAAAUCAAUGAAGCUCAGAUGACAAGAGUAGCCAUUUUUAAAAUCUCUAUCUGCCCUAAAAAACAGGUUUUGUCAUAAAAAUGGUAUGAUGAUUUAUACUGUCUCCUCCACACCUGGGUCCAAUAGUCCAGCAUGGUGGUAUGAGAACUGUUUGUUUUCUUGCUUUUCAGGACUGGGUUUGCAUUUUUUUUAGGUAAUUAGUAGACAUGAGAGGAUGCAAAUGAACUGCUUUUGGUAUGCAUUAUUUGGUCACUCGGUCUCUAGAAGUGUAUUUUGUCAGACAUUGCCUCCUGGUGGUCUGGGAGUGCAAUUUCUGUGUUCAUGAAACUCAUGAACAUGAGUAAAUAGCCUCAUGUCACAGUGAGUCAUGUUUACGUGCAUCUGGGCCGUAAUUAUAAUAUAUAUGGGGUGGCCCCCAAUAUAUAUUAGAAUUGCACGUAAACCUUACUCACUGUGACAUGAGGUUAUUUACUCAUUAAAAUAUGCUCAAAAUGCCCCCCCCCCCACACAUAUUGUUAUAAAAAAUAUCAACUUUUUUUUUGCCAUGCUACGACAGGCAACCACGCAUCGCCGUCUGAAGUAAUCAUUAGCAAAUGUAAUCAUAAUUAUAACUUAACAAAUUGCCAUUAUUAUUACUACCGUGUGGCUUGUCCAAGUGGUUUUGCCGUACUCCAGCAGAAGCCGUUGCUCGACUGCUGUGGGUAGAUAUAAUAAAUGUUAAACACUGUACUGUCUUUCUAUUUCAUUACUUUCAAAUGUAUUAACAAGUGGAAAACUAUAAUGUAAUAUGAGUGUUACGUAGGCUAUUUCACUGUCGAUUCUGAUAGUGUUGACGUCAACACGUCAUUUUGAGCGGGACUGUAAUUGUGGAAAUAAAUAUUUGCAAAAAAAUGUCA